GGGUAGUGCUUUCCGUAAGUGUCUUGUCGCCCAAGCAGGCUGGCAGAAAGCCCAAUUCUCAAAUUCCAUUGUUCUUGUUCGAAUUCCUCCGACCCUUCCGUUUUAUUCAGAUUACAAGCUCCCGCCGAAGUUUAAAGAGAAGCACAGACAGAAAUGGCUCGAUAUGAUCGUGCGAUCACAGUAUUCUCUCCAGAUGGCCAUCUGUUUCAAGUUGAGUACGCCCUCGAGGCUGUACGCAAGGGUAACGCCGCCGUUGGAGUUCGAGGUACCGACACCAUUGUUCUCGGUGUCGAGAAGAAAUCUACCGCUAAACUUCAAGACACGAGAUCAGUUAGAAAGAUUGUAAAUCUUGAUAACCACAUUGCUUUGGCUUGUGCCGGGCUAAAAGCAGAUGCAAGAGUCCUGAUAAACAAGGCAAGGAUUGAGUGUCAAAGCCAUAGGCUUACCGUUGAGGAUCCUGUAACAGUUGAAUACAUCACGCGUUACAUUGCUGGUCUUCAACAGAAGUAUACACAAAGCGGUGGUGUGAGGCCAUUUGGCCUUUCAACUUUGAUUGUGGGCUUUGACCCAUACACUGGUGUUCCAUCACUCUAUCAGACAGAUCCAUCCGGGACAUUUUCGGCUUGGAAAGCUAAUGCGACUGGGAGAAACUCAAAUUCUAUGCGUGAGUUUUUGGAGAAGAACUUCAAGGAAACUUCUGGGCAAGAGACUAUAAAGCUUACAAUCCGUGCAUUGCUAGAAGUUGUUGAGAGUGGUGGAAAGAAUAUAGAGAUUGCUGUAAUGACAAGAGAACAUGGGCUACGGCAACUUGAGGAAGCUGAAAUUGAUGCCAUUGUUGCUGAAAUAGAAGCAGAGAAAGCAUCAGCAGAGGCUGCAAAGAAGGGGCCUCCAAAAGAAACCUAAUUCUUGCCCAGCUUUUAAAUUUCACUUGGGAGUUUCUGGAAAGUUGGAUUGAGAUAGGUAUUUCUUGUUUUGGAUGUUGUUGCUUGCUUUUUUACUUAUGUUAGUCCUCUGAAUUCUACAGAGCGCUCAAAGCAAUUUCAAUCAUGUUUAUGUUUUUCCCCCUUAAUAUAAAAUUGCACUGAUGAUUGGGACCA